AGCGCGCGGGGCGCGUGCGCAUAACGUAUUCGUGGCUGCAGCGGGCGCCGAGAGGGAAGCAGCGCGGGGGGAGCCACAGAGGUAGGAUUUAGCUUGGCAGAAGUGAGCGUAGACGAGCAGGAGUUUGGAGGAGUGCGCACCGCGUUUGGGCGGUCCAGGAAGGCUUCCUGAAGGAGGUCCCUGUAGGGGUGCGUAAAGCCCAGCAUCCUCACCAUGGACUUCCAGCAUCGCCCGGGGGGCAAGACGGGGAGCGGAGGCGUGGCCUCCUCCUCGGAGAGCAACCGAGACCGCAGGGAGCGCCUCCGGCAACUGGCCCUGGAGACCAUCGACAUCAACAAGGACCCGUACUUCAUGAAGAACCAUUUGGGCUCGUAUGAGUGCAAGCUGUGUCUGACCCUGCACAACAACGAGGGGAGCUACCUGGCGCACACCCAGGGGAAGAAGCAUCAGACCAACCUGGCCCGGCGAGCUGCCAAGGAGGCUAAGGAGGCCCCUGCCCAGCCAGCGCCAGAGAAGGUCAAGGUGGAAGUGAAGAAGUUUGUGAAGAUCGGCCGCCCCGGCUACAAAGUGACCAAGCAGAGGGACACGGAGAUGGGCCAGCAGAGCCUCCUCUUCCAGAUCGACUACCCUGAGAUCGCCGAGGGCGUCACGCCUCGCCACCGCUUCAUGUCCGCCUACGAGCAGAGGAUCGAGCCGCCCGACCGGCGCUGGCAGUACCUGCUCAUGGCCGCUGAGCCCUAUGAGACCAUCGCCUUCAAGGUGCCGAGCAGGGAGAUCGAUAAGGCCGAAGGCAAGUUCUGGACUCACUGGAAUCGGGAAACCAAGCAGUUUUUCCUGCAGUUCCACUUCAAGAUGGAGAAGCCGCCGGCCCCGCCCAGCCUCCCUGCAGGGCCACCCGGAGUGAAGAGACCCCCGCCCCCCCUGAUGAAUGGUCUGCCCCCGCGGCCGCCGCUGCCAGAGGCUUUGCCCCCACCACCGCCAGGAGGCCUGCCUCUGCCACCCAUGCCGCCCAGCGGGCCUGCACCAUCGGGGCCUCCAGGCCCUCCCCAGCUGCCCCCACCAGCUCCUGGGGUCCACCCCCCGGCACCAGGGGUCCACCCCGCAACGUCUGGGGUCCACCCCCCGGCACCAGGAGUCCACCCCCCAACUCCUGGGGUCCAUCCCCCGGCACCGGUGGUCCACCCACCGACAUCUGGGGUCCACCCACCAGCUCCAGGCGUCCACCCUCCAGCCCCAGGGGUCCACCCUCCUGCUCCAGGCGUCCAUCCUCCCCCAUCUGCUGGAGUUCACCCCCAGGCCCCAGGGGUGCAUCCACCGGCUCCUACGGUGCACCCCCAGGCCCCUGGGGUCCACCCCCAGGCCCCUGGGGUCCACCCACCAGCCCCAGGGAUCCACCCCCAGCCUCCUGGGGUCCACCCCCCGCCUCCUGGGGUCCACCCAUCAGCUCCUGGGGUCCAUCCUCCAGCUCCUGGGGUCCACCCCCAGCCUCCUGGAGUUCACCCCUCAAAUCCUGGGGUCCAUCCCCCCACUCCCAUGCCCCCCAUGCUGAGGCCUCCCCUGCCCUCCGAAGGCCCUGGGAACAUUCCGCCCCCUCCCCCAGCCAACUGAAGAGCAGCCCCCUUUCCAGGCCAGUCCGGUGUGGUGUGUUCUUGUGUUCUCUGUCAGAGCGGAGUGUGGUCCUCUUGUAUGGCCCGUGUCGUGUCCUCACUGCUCAUUAAACGUCUGCCCCGA